CUAGGCAUGCAGACUGCCUCUACAAACAUUUGUGAAAGAAUGGGUCGCUCUCAGGAGCUCAGUGAAUUCAAGGGUGGUCCCGUGAUAGGUUGCCACCUGUGCAAUAAGUCCAUCCAUGAAAUUUGCUUGCUACUAAAUAUUCUACAGUCAGCUGUUAGUGAUAUUAUAACAAACUGGAAGCAACUGGGAACAACAACUCAGCCACAAUGUGAUAGGCCACUGGACUAUAGAGCAGUGGAGAUGUGUACUCUGGAGUGACAAAUCUGGCUUCUGUGUCUGAAAAUCCAGUGGACGUGUCUGGGUUUGGCAGUUGCCAGGAGAACAGUACUUGCCUAACUGCAUUGUGCCAAGUGUAA